UGUAGUUUCCGCUCCCAAACCACACCCCCACCCACCCUCCCUGUAUAUCUCUCCCUUCCAAUCUCUGUUACAUAGAAAACACAAAGGAACAGAGUGAAAAUGGAGAGCUUUGCCCUCCACUCUCUCUCCACCAGCACAACAACAACAACAACCACCUUCUCCACCUCUCUCUGCACCCGCAUUUCCCUACUCCACAGAUUACCUAAACCACUCUCCAUUACCAAAUCCUCACCAUCCAUUCCCUCACUCUCCACCAUCAGAUCAUCCGCUCAAAAACCUCUCCUUUUCUCUGCAUUUCACACUAGAAACAAAACCUUCGAUUCGAAAUAUAGAAUUCUCGCGUUGGACACAAAAUCCAGUGACAACCCGUUAUCAUACUCGUCAGAAAAACCAACCCCACCUCAAAAGGGAGCAAAAUUGAUACCCCUUUUGAUAUCUGUCUCUAUAGGCUUGAUUGUAAGGUUUGCUGUGCCUAAACCAAUAGGAAUUACCCCACAAGCCUGGCAAUUGUUGUCUAUUUUCCUUUCUACUAUUGCCGGUCUUAUUUUAAGUCCUUUGCCAGUUGCGGCAUGGGCUUUUUUGGGUUUAACAACGUUACUUGUUACUAGAACUUUGUCAUUUACGACUGCUUUUAGUGCUUUUACUAAUGAAGUUAUUUGGUUGAUUGUCAUUUCUUUCUUUUUUGCUCGCGGUUUUGUUAAGACUGGAUUAGGUGAUAGGAUUGCUACUUACUUUGUUAAGUGGCUAGGGAAGAGUACUUUAGGAUUGUCUUAUGGUUUGACACUUAGUGAGGUGCUUAUUGCGCCUGCGAUGCCUAGCACUACUGCUAGGGCUGGUGGGGUUUUUUUGCCUAUUAUCAAGUCAUUGUCAUUGUCAGCAGGGAGUAAGCCUGGCGAUUCCUCUUCGACAAUGCUCGGUUCUUAUUUAAUCCAGUCGCAAAUGCAGUGUGCUGGCAGCUCCAGCUCUCUUUUUCUAACAGCGGCAGCUCAAAAUUUGCUAUCUUUUAAAUUAGCCGAGGAACUUGGGGUGAUGAUUCCAAACCCUUGGAUUUCUUGGUUGAAGGCUGCUAGCUUGCCAGCAUUGAUUUCUCUUCUAGUAACUCCACUCGUCUUAUAUAAGCUCUACCCUCCUGAAACCAAAGACACUCCAGAUGCCCCUGCAGUGGCUGCAAAGAAACUGGAGACUAUGGGUUCUGUCACAAAAAAUGAAUGGACCAUGGUUGGUACAAUGCUUCUUGCAGUUUCUUUGUGGGUAUUUGGAGAUGCUAUCGGAAUACCAAGCGUUGUCGCUGCAAUGAUUGGCUUAUCAAUACUGCUUCUGCUGGGAGUUCUUGAUUGGGAUGACUGCUUAAGUGAAAAAUCGGCAUGGGAUACCUUGGCUUGGUUUGCAGUUCUAGUGGGAAUGGCGAGCCAAUUAACAAACCUCGGUGUUAUAUCCUGGAUGUCUGGUUGUGUAUCCAAGAACCUUCAAUCUCUCUCUUUGAGCUGGCCUGCUGCGUUUGGGGUUCUUCAGGCAUCUUACUUCUUUAUCCAUUACCUAUUUGCUGGUCAAAUUGGUCAUGUUGGUGCUUUAUACUCUGCAUUUCUCGCAAUGCAUUUGGCAGCUGGGGUGCCCGCUACAUUGGCAGCUUUGGCUUUAGCUUACAAUACAAAUCUUUUCGGUGCUCUUACCCAUUAUAGCAGCGGUCAAUCUGCUGUAUACUAUGGAGCUGGUUAUAUGGACCUUCCUGACGUGUUCAAGCUCGGCUUUGUGAUGGCCCUUAUUAAUGCCAUCAUCUGGGGAGUUACUGGAACUUUCUGGUGGAAAUUUCUAGGCCUCUACUGAUUUUCUUUUGCACUGUAAGUAACUGCUGGGGCUCCUUCUGAAAUGAUAUCCUGACCUGGAGAAACAGCUGAGCCUAUAGCUUUGAAAAUAUAUAUAUAUUUUUUUUUUAUCUUGGAUUUCUCUAUUAGUUUCACAUGCAUAGCAUUAUGAAAAUAAUAAUGCUGACUGAAACAUUCAACUAUUUUUUAGCGAAUCAAAGUUGCAGAAACUUCUGUAUCAAUCCUUUUAUUAAUUUUGUUUUUCCUACUUUC